CUUCCGAAGUCUCUCCACAUGGGAGACGGAGGCGGGAGCCUCCAUUGGCGGCAACCCUCCUCCGAGCCCCUUGCUUCACCUUUCGAGGGAAGCAAGUUGCGGAGGCUGAGUCCGCCCCCACCUUUUACAAGCCCAGGUGAGGCAAAGGCGGAGCAAGGCGGCCCCUCCUCUCCUUGCUGGGCUCCUGGUGUUGCUGGCAGCUCCAACUCGACAGUUGAGAGAAAGUCGUGGCGGUGGGGAGUGGGAGGGAAAGCGGGCAUGGCGGAGUCGCAGCUGGUCUGCCUGGACAACACCUACGUGAGCGAAAGGGUCAGCGAGCACCACCCGCGCUACUACUACAGCGAGGAACAGCGCCAGGCCCUCGAGGUCCUUACAGCAAAAGGGGAGAAAGCCUACAAAGAGCGGCUGAAGAAAGAGCAGCUGCGCGACUUCCUCUCUAGCCGGGAGUUACAGGCCUUGAAGGGUGGCUGGAGCGCUUACGAUGCCCACCUCGACGGCGGCAAAACGCUCACGGGGCCCUCCGGGAAGCCCCUGUCACUGGCCUAUUGGCCCGAGUGCUCCGACACCGAGAUCCCUCCCCUGGACAUGGGAUGGACCCAUAACACCUUCUACCGGGGGGUUACGCGCUUGGCUCUCUUCACCCAGCCGCGCAAGGAAGACAACGCGCCUCACGUCAAGCAAGUGGCGCGCGAAAUGAUCCAGCAGGCGCAGAAGAUCAUUGCAAUAGUCAUGGACCAGUUCACUGACAGAGACAUCUUCCGGGAUGUUGUAGAUGCAGCAUACAAACGUCGGAUCCCCGUCUAUAUCAUCUUGGAUGAAGAAGGUUCUAAGUAUUUCCUGGAGAUGUGCAAAUGUAUGGAGCUCAGUGAUUUUCAUAUCCGGAAUAUUCGUGUGCGUUCUGUGACUGGAGUUGGGUUCUACAUGCCAUCAGGAAAGAUCAAAGGCAAUUUGGGUUCCCGUUUCCUGAUGGUAGAUGGUGAUAAGGUUCUAACAAUGUCUUCACUGUUUUACAGUUUCACCUGGACCUCCUCCCACAUAGACAGAAAUAUUCUCUUGUACUUGACCGGGCAGCAUGUGGAGAUGUUUGAUAUUGAGUUCCGUGAGCUCUAUGCCAUUUCAGAGGAGAUCAGCCUCUAUAAGGAGCUGAACAUCCCAUGUCCUUUCCGUCAAGGUAUUGGGAAACUAGGAUUUUCCUCCUCCACUGUGGCAAGGAAGGCCAUCAAUCCAAAAUAUGGACUAGUUGUGGGGGUUCCCCCAGGGGAAAUGAUGCGCUGGGCCUCCCGCCAGAGGCAGGAGUCACAAGGGAUACAAGAAGGAAGAGAAGAAGAAAGUGAGUCAAAUAAGCGACUGCAUGCAUUUCUGAAUGACCUUGUAACUGUGGAGCAGGUGCUUCCAAAUAUUGAGCCCCCACUUGAGGACCUGAAUAGAGCAAACUGGAGUCCCCAGAAGUUAUUUUCUCGUUUCCAUCUGGACCUGAGAUCUAAAUCCAAAUCCAGAGAGUCUGUCCGGGACCUCAGGAAGGAUGACAUUGCCAAUGGGGAGGCAGGUUCCAAACAAGGCAAGCGGUUUGGCAGUGGACUUUUCAGGAGGUCGAAGCGCCCAUCACCGUUGAAUGCUGACACCAACUCUGUUACCAGUGAGACUGCUGAAGACUUUGUGAUUGUAAAGGUACCAAAGGAAACCCAGACCAGCUUCCACUCUGUUAGUAUACGUAGUAGUGGAGGCAAUUCAGGUAAGAUGAGUCCAAGCUCUGUUUCAGGAGAAAAAAACAAACAGUCAGUCUGUGUGAUCUCAUGACUGAAGAACAACCACAAUGGCUAGAAAACUUAGAUGUCAAGGAGGCAUCUACGGGAAUAUGCAGCUGUGGGCUCCUUCCAAACCUGCUGUUUGACUUUCUUGCAAUGGUCUGUAUACCAACCACCGAAGUAUGCAAGAUAAUGGCGACACCUUUAUGUGUUGGAUUAAAUCUAUGGGAGAUUCUUGUGUGAAGAGAAAGCAGCAAGAAUUAAUAAAAACGAUAACUGGAUUUUAUAGUUUAAAUCUGACAUUCAUGCAGGAGAGUAUUCCACUUUUUUGUGGUGUUAUUUAAGUUUGUAUGGCUACAAACUUAAAAGAACAUUGUUACAUCAUUGAUUAUUAUACUUUUCUUUGUUGGAAAUUUAAAUAAAAAAUGAAAAGGUAGGCUCCAGAGAAGAUAGUCAAACAUGGUGAUUUUAUUUGUUUAGGGUACUCAAGCACCUCCACUCUUCCAUCCCUUUAAAAUUUACUA